AUGCCUUUCACCAAGCUUGUCAAGAACUCCCCCUACUACUCUCGCUACCAGACCAAGUACAAGCGUAGACGAGCUGGCAAGACCGACUACUAUGCUCGCAAGCGCUUGAUCUCUCAGGCCAAGAACAAGUACAACGCCCCCAAGUACCGCCUUGUCGUUCGCUUCACAAACCGCGACAUCAUCUGCCAAUUGGUCACCGCGGAAAUCACCGGUGACAAGGUCUUUGUUGCGGCCUACUCGCACGAACUCAAGAGAUACGGUAUCAACAAUGGCUUGACCAAUUGGUCUGCCGCCUACGCUACUGGAUUGCUGUUGGCUCGCCGCGCUCUCAAGAAGUUGGAUUUGGACGAGCAGUUUACCGGCGUGGAAGAGCCAGAUGGAGAAUACAAACUCACCGAGGCCGCUGAGGAGGAUGGAGAGGAACGUCGUCCCUUCAAAUGCUUCCUUGAUGUGGGGUUGCAUCGUACCUCUACUGGCGCUCGCGUUUUCGGUGCCAUGAAAGGAGCUUCUGACGGUGGGUUGUACGUUCCCCACAAUGAGAAGCGAUUCCCGGGUUACGACCAGGAGAGCAAGGACUUGGACAGCGACGUCCUGCGCAAGUACAUCUUCGGCGGCCACGUCGCGGAGUACAUGGAGACUCUUGCUGAUGACGAUGAAGAGCGCUACAAGUCUCAAUUCGUCAAGUACAUUGAAGCCGAGGUCGAGGCGGAUGGACUUGAGGAGAUGUACUCUGAGGCCCAUGCUGCCAUUCGUGAAGAUCCUUUCAAGAAGGAUGAGGAGGAAGGCGACAAGAAGUCCAAGGAAGAGUGGAAGGCCGAAGGCAAGAAAUACAAAGUGGCCAAGAUGUCCAAGGAGGAGAAGGACCGCCGGAUCAAGGAGAAGAUUGCGGCUCUUGCUUCUUGA